AUGGAAUCACCUGGCCCUUCAACGCCGCCGGCCACCAUUGGCCUUGUCCGGGCCGAUCUAGCUGAGAUGUGGGCAGUUGAUCUCCCUCAAAGUCCCAGUCCAAGAAUCCCAGCGCCUGCGUUCGGCGCUAGUGACUUCAUCGAUUUCGACGUCGUUGAAGCUCCCAAGAUCGGCCGGCCAAAUGCAAGGCGAGACCCCCUUCCAGACAUGCUGGCUGGUGCUCUCACCCCAACACCAGCACCGGAAUCACCCACGCAUCGUAGGAAAAGACCAGUGAAUUACCCCUCGUCAAAACGGAAGACGGCGUUAGAGGCGUCCCCAGCCAACUCAACCAUUGCCGAGCAUCACCAGCAACGUGAGUCCAACAACAGGGUGGCAGACGUUUCCGCGAAAGGCAAGGCUCGGACAAAGCAGGCCAAGAUUCUUCCAGAGACUGGUGACGAGGCUCCAUCAUAUAUCAAGACAAAGCGACAGAAGCAUAGUGAAGAUGUGUUCGAGAUCAGCGACAGCACAGAUGGCGAAGGAGAUACCAGGCCCCAGAAGCGGCAAGCCAAACGCCCAUCACCCAAAAGUUCUCGCGCUCCGAACGGCAAGACCGCUCAAACUGCUACUGCCGAUGACCGUCUGCCAGUUGGCAAGAGAAAAAGGAGCAGUCGAACCUCAAGAUUGCAGAACGAAUCCGCAGCUCAAAGCGGAAACUCCCGUGAUCCAGAACAAUGCCAGACUCUUGCAGAGGCGCCGCAUGUGCCGCCGCAGCGUAAACCAGAAGGCGGUCCAAGGCGACCUCUACGCGAGAAUACAUCCGCCAUGGCCCAACCAGACCUUGGUGAUAUAGUACAGGUCGACCUCUCCGGAUCACCUUUCCAUAUCGCGGAUGACCUGGCGGGGACGAAUUCCUCUGAUGAUUUGAGGACUCCUCCGCCUCCACCAAGAGCGGAUGAACCUGCUAUUCCGGCGAAAGCUCGGGGUGAGACAGUCAUUAACUCUCACAGUCACGCUUCGCAGGCAAGAGUUCAGCUGGCUUUGGGGUCGACGUCCCCAUUGUCUGCGGACCAAAUCAGCACUGUCAGCCGACCCAGCUCUAUCAGAGACAACCAUGAUAUUGCGCACAACCGGAUUCAGGAGACCAGAUCCAGCGGUCUUAGUUGGCCAUCUCAACAGGCCACGGUGUGCAUAACGCGACAGGCCGCUCCUCCCCCCUCUCAGCCCCGGCCAUCCCUGCAGCUGGAAGCAUCGGCGCUGUCCAGAAAGCUCGCAAAAGGGGAUCCAAAACGCAGGGUUGCCGGCAACUUGCUUCCUCGUUCGCAAAUCAGUCAGCCUGAAGAUGCUUUGCCCUCUGCAAACUCCACGCCAAAGUUGGAUGCGGAAGGGGCACGUAUGAACCCCCAGAACAUCUGGACUCAAGCUGUCAUGGACGAUUCACCGCCAGCGAUUCUGCAUAGAAUUGUCACUCUGUUGCAUCGUUCCCUCAAGCCUAAAGAAGAGGUUGUCCGGGAUAUCGUAGGCGAGUACCAAGAGAAGGCAUCACUCCUGCUAGAAAAUAUGAGAACGCGCCAUCACCAGGAGAAGAGUGAGACGCUAUCAAGCCUUUGGAAGGCGUCCAGCGCCACCUUUACUGUCCUCUCGAUCGCAGAACAGGAGAUGAAGAUUAUCAUUGAUAGACUUCACGAUCUGGACCUGACUCAAACACUGGCGUCUUUCAAACGGACAGAUCUGAUGGAGAAGCUUGAUACGGUCGCUCGCUUGUGCCAGGCUAGGGCGAGCAACUACACGGCGGACGAAAAUCGGGCGGGCUCGGAAGCUCAUGAAAACGAGGGCUCGAAAGAAACAGAUGACGGAAGUGCUGACAGUCUUGUGGAGAAUUAUCGGCUGAAGCUCGAAGACGGAAUUCGCCAGCCCGAUGAUGAGACAAGCGCGGCAUAUCGGCAGCUAAGUGCAGAGGCCGACAUGUUCAUCACACAAUGUCUUCAGGGCGGACGCAGGGAUAAUGCUCGCCCUGAUGCUCGCCCGAGUAACAACACCGAAAAGAAGACAAAAACGGCCAACAGAACUACGGAUGAUGCCCUGGAGGAAUUCUUGGACCGAAUUAUCAACACAUUGCAAGAGAGCACUGAUGGUGGCUCCAGUCAUCCCAGCUGUGAUGAUGACAGGAAGAUCAUAUAA